AUAGUUAACCGUCUGCCUUCAAACUUAGCAGGUGUGUUAAAAGUCGCUAUUCGCUGGAGUCGGUAUGAAAGCGACUGUAUUCUUAGCAGCCUUGCUGCUAUGCGUUGGUCUUUUAGAGGCGCGCAGAUUUCCCUUGAGACAUGGAGAAUCCAGAGAAUUUUUGAGUGGGAAGCCUUAUCGUGAAUAUGAUGGAGAGCGAAAAUAUCGUGACAAAAGUCGACAUUAUGAUGAUAAACACAAAGCCUGGCGACAUCAUCAUCCUCAACAUAACAGUACUUGGAGUCCUUCCUCAAAUAAUUCAACCUGGAGACCACCAUCCAAUAAUACCACUUGGAGCCCACCAGUGAAUAAUUCGACUUGGAGUCCUCCAUCAAAUAGUACGACAUGGAGACCACCUUCUUAUAAUACGACAUGGAGCCCACCAGUGAAUAAUUCGACCUGGAGCCCUUCUAAUAACUCAACAUGGAGACCACCGGUGAAUAAUUCGACGUGGAGUCCUCCUAAUAACUCGACAUGGAGACCUCCAUCUAAUAAUACCACAUGGAUUCCACCAGUCAAUAAUUCAACAUGGAGCCCUCCUAAUAACUCGACAUGGCAACCACCAGCCGAUAACACUACAUGGAGUCCUCCAAUACAUAAUUCAACAUGGAGUACCCCUUCCUCAAAUACUACAUGGAGCCCUCCCAACAACUCCACUUGGCGACCACCAGCUAAUAACACCACAUGGAGCCCUCCAAUAAAUAAUUCAACAUGGAGUACUCCUUCCUCAAAUACUACAUAUAGCCCUUCCAACAACUCGACCUGGCGACCACCAGCCAAUAACACCACAUGGAGCCCUCCCAACAACUCGACAUGGCGACCACCAUCUAAUAACACCACUUGGAGCCCUCCAAACAACUCGACAUGGCGGCCACCUUCCAACAACACCACGUGGAGCCCUCCCAACAAUUCGACCUGGCGACCACCACCGAAUAACACCACAUGGAGCCCUCCCAACAACACGACAUGGCGACCACCGUCAAAUAAUACUACAUGGAGUCCCCCUUCCUCUAAUACAACAUGGAGCCCUCCCAACAAUUCGACCUGGCGACCACCAUCGAAUAACACCACAUGGAGCCCUCCCAACAAUUCGACAUGGCGACCACCAUCUAAUAACACCACAUGGAGCCCUCCCAACAACACGACAUGGCGACCACCAUCAAAUAAUACUACAUGGAGUCCCCCUUCCUCUAAUACAACAUGGAGCCCUCCCAACAAUUCGACCUGGCGACCACCAUCGAAUAACACCACAUGGAGCCCUCCCAACAAUUCGACAUGGCGACCACCAUCUAAUAACACCACAUGGAGCCCUCCCAACAACACGACAUGGCGACCACCAUCCAAUAAUACUACGUGGAGUCCCCCUUCCUCUAAUACAACAUGGAGCCCUCCCAACAAUUCGUCCUGGCGACCACCAUCGAAUAACACCACAUGGAGCCCUCCCAACAACUCGACAUGGCGGCCACCUUCUAAUAACACCACAUGGAGUCCUCCCAACAACUCGACAUGGCGACCACCAUCAAAUAACACCACAUGGAGCCCCCCUAACAACUCGAGCUGGAGACCACCAUCCAAUCAUACAACAUCGAGCGCACCCACCAACACAUCGACUUGGAGACCUCCUUCUAAUAACACAACAUGGGUACCACCAACAAAUUCGUCAACCUGGAGUCCACCUGCCAUGAAUACUACUAGGAUACUACCUUCAAAUUAUUCGAACUGGAGACAACUCACUUACCAUAACCGCCAACAUCAAAACAUACAACAUAGGAACCACCACCAAAAUUAACGUUUUUCUUUAAGCUGGAGUCAGUCCACCUUUCGUCAAUACUACAUGGAUACCAAUUUCGAAAUAUUCGACCUGGAGACCACACUACAAUCAUACUCGCAAAUACAUAGUUCAUCGUCAAAAAACACAACAUGGGAACCGCCACCAAAAUCAGUGGAUUUCUAAAGAAAAUUGGAAAAUGCGUCAUCCCAAGCUAUCAUUGAUUAACGUUUCUACGAACAGCGGAGCAUCUUUUAUGGUUAAAACUACCAUAACUACUUCAUCGCAUCUUCCGUACACAGCAACUAUACACCAGUUGAAAUAAAAGAAGGUCUUUGAAGUGUCAUUCUGACUGUUAAAAUAAAAAAAUACGAAAUAAACGACUAUAUACUUUCAA